AUGCUCAUAAAUAAAUUAUCUGAUCAUCCAAACUCAUAAAGUGGGUCAUUUGUCCACUUGUCUCCGUAGGCUUAUGAGGCCUUGUAAACUUUAGAGUAAAUUAAAAAGAAUAAUAUGCUGCAGCAGAAUUCCUAAAUCGUUAGAAGAGUGUCAUCACAAUAUGUUCAAUAGCCUCAAAAUAAUUAUUAGCAUUCAUCCCAUGAAGCUUUGGCAUCCCCAAUCCAUCAGAGAAAAGAGUCUUAAACCAAUUCAUCUUUAUCGUUCAUUAAAGGAGCUUUAUAAUCUAAUCGUACUUAUAAGUAGGAGACGGAGGGGAGUCACAAACCUAGUUCUCAAACAGAAAGGCAGAUUAGUUAGCAAUAAACUUUGGGAAAAUCAGAUGAGCCCACUCCAUUCUUUAGAGACACUUUAUCAAGUGAUCGCAAUAAAUGCAAUUAGACUAGCUUAAGCCAAUAUUUGGCUAAACACCAAUUUCAAUAGCAAUUCAAAUAUAUCAAUGAAGAAUUAUAAGCAUUUAAAUAAUAGGUCGAAAAUGAUGUGUUGAUUGAAACUGUCAUCACUAAAUUUGAAUCCCCUAAGGAUAUUUCCGAAAAUAGUCAGUUGCUUGUAGAUCAAUCAUAAAAGGAGAAUUUGUCUCCUACAACUAAAUUGAUGAUGAAAAAGAAAUUGAUCUUAAAUCAGAUCCUCUCUCUCGACAAUCAGAUUAAGAUCAUGGAAGAUGAAGAGACUAAAAUUGCUCUUGAUCCUUAGAAAUCAAAGAAAAAACAAAAUAUUAGCCUGUCCUCUUAAAAUCAACAAAUUGUUGAAAGUCUUUAUGAAAGAGCAUAAAAAAAGCAAUCUAAUUUUAAAAAACUUUUUGAAGAAACUUAAAUUCAUAAGAAUCAAGAAGAAUUGAAAGAAUGCACGUUCAUUCCGAAGAUAAAUAAGCAAAACAUAUCAGGCAAGUUUAUGGAACGCUUGGAUGAUUGGGUCAAGAGGAAAAAUCAAAAGAUAACUUAAUAGUAGGAACAAAGCUAAGAAAGAAUCAUGAGAGAGUGUACCUUUAGUCCUUUAAAUAAGCAAUUAUGCAAGACCAAUCUUAAUCAUACUGCAGUUUAUUACAGAAAUCAAGAGUGGUAGAAUAGAUUGAAUAUUAAGAAAUAAAAAUUAAAAGCUUAAAAUUCACUUAUUUAAAUGAGUGCCAAGAAGGAGUAGAAUACUCCCAAGAAAAUAAACAAGAGAUCUAGUUCCUCAUAAUAUCAGAUUGAUCUUGCCAAGAUACUGCAAUCAACAAACUCAUAGAAUACAACCAAAAGGGUAAAACAUUAGUCUCCUUUCCAUACCGAAAUUCAGAGUGGGAUUCUUAAUGCAUCUAACAAAAAAAUUGAAAACAUUGAUAUGAAGUAUUUGCAAUUAUGUGAAAUAGCCAAUAGAAUUAAAGCCAAAUCUAAAUGCUGA